AUGGCGAGCUCAAUUAGUGUCAGAGCCUCACGCUCGACAAUCCAGAGCUAUGUUACUCGUUGGGACGUUCCCCGCCGACUACUCAGCGGCGCCCAGCUUCCAGCUCUAGAGCACUCCCGGUUCCAACAUACCACAAAACGUGCGUCUCGCUCGUUCACGACUUCUGCGCCAUGUUUCAAGAAGAAGGGCAAGAAUGACUCCGCCCCGCCCGCGAACGCAGCCGCACCGAAAACGACACCGGUCGACGCUCUUUUCGACCUUUCUGAGCUGGAGUCGAAGAUACUGAAGGCGAUUGAGAGACUCACACAUGAGCUCUCUCUGUUGCGUGGCAAUGGGAAGAUCAACCCAGAUCUGCUCCUCGACCUCAAAGUCAAAGUGGGCAAAGGCGAUGAGAAAGAGACUGUGCUGCUGUCCGACGUGGCGCACGUCAUACCUCACGGCCGCAUAAUAGAUGUCAUAGUCGGUGACGAGGAGCAUAUAAAAGCCGUCACGUCUGCUAUCAGAGCGUCUGCGCACAGUCUCAAUCCUAACCCGCCAAAACCAGACAAUCCCCUGACGAUACCCGUGCCCAUACCGCCUCCGACAGCAGAGUCCCGGCAGCAGACCGUGGAGCAGGCUAAAGUUCUGGGCCGUGCAGCCAAUGAUGCAGUGCAGCAUGCAAGAGCCGGACAUAACAAGAAGAUUCAAAACACCAAAGCACGGUCGGAUGACAUUAAGAAAGCAAAGGAAGAUAUGGAAAAGGUAGUGAAGAGGAGCAAAGAAGACAUCAAGCGGCUCGUAGAUGGAGCAGUACAGGUUCUGGAUAAGCAUUAA